UCUGAUCGGCUUUCCGUCUCCCCAGUUCCGAGUGUGUCGUUGUUGUUGUCGGUGACGCGGCGGAGGUGUAGCCUGACGCGGUCUCUUACGUGUCGGCCCGAAUAAAAGUGGAGCUCCGAGGGCUCGCGAGUGACGGAAGGAGUGUGUAUCGAUAACUAACUCGAUGACCAUGGAGGCGGGAGCGGAGGCCCAGCAGGGUGCAGACACGGCUGUGGCUGAGACUGAGGCCCAGCAGAUCACCCAGGCCCAGAUCGCCACGCUCACUCAGGUGACCGUGGGUGCAGGACAUGCCACCGCCACCGCCCCCACCGUCACCCUGGUGCAGUUGCCUAACGGGCAGACAGUGCAAGUGCACGGAGUGAUCCAGGCAGCACAGCCCUCCGUCAUCCAGUCCCCACAAGUGCAGGCAGUUCAGAUUUCUACAGUGGCGGAGAGCGAGGACUCGCAGGAGUCCGUGGACAGCGUGACUGACUCUCAGAAACGCAGAGAGAUCCUCUCCAGACGCCCUUCUUACAGGAAGAUUCUGAACGAUUUGUCGUCAGAUGCCCCAGGAGUACCAAGAAUUGAAGAGGAGAAAUCCGAGGAAGACGCUGCACCUGCCAUCACUACAGUUACCGUACCAACCCCCAUUUAUCAGACCAGCAGUGGCCAGUACAUUGCCAUCACACAGGGCGGAGCCAUCCAGCUGGCCAAUAACGGCACAGACGGCGUGCAAGGUCUACAAACUCUGACCAUGACGAACGCGGCAGCUGCACAGCCGGGCACCACUAUCCUGCAGUAUGCCCAGACGAGCGACGGGCAGCAGAUCCUGGUGCCCAGCAACCAAGUGGUGGUGCAAGCUGCUUCAGGAGACGUUCAGGCGUAUCAGAUCCGCACAGCAGCAGCGAGUACCAUUGGCCCUGGAGUGGUCAUGGCCUCGUCGCCUGCUCUGCCCAGCCAAGGAGGUGCUGAGGAGGCCACGCGCAAACGAGAAGUGCGCCUCAUGAAGAACAGGGAGGCAGCCCGAGAGUGCCGCCGGAAGAAGAAGGAAUACGUGAAGUGUCUGGAGAACCGCGUGGCUGUUUUGGAGAACCAGAACAAAACUCUCAUUGAAGAACUGAAAGCUCUCAAAGACCUGUACUGCCAUAAAUCCGAGUAACAUCCUCGUCCACGUUUGUCCUUGGUGGACUUCAGUGUACAUGUACAGAGACUGUGUGUGAGCUCUCCUUGGAAGGAACGCAUGUUUUCUAAAUAUACUUUCAAAAAAACAAAAAAAACAAAAAACUGAACGUUUCAAACUGCCUGGAAAUUCCCAUGAACACACAGGGGCGUGAACGUGAACCCCCUGGCCAAAAUCUCUGCACCAAUGGAUCAUGUCUUUACUAAUAUAUCGGGUAAAGGUGUUCUAGGACUUUAACAAUUCCCUGACUCUGUUCUCCUGUUAAGCUCCUUAGGUUUGUUGGAAAAAUGUAACAAAUCGGAAUAUAAUGCAAGAGGCACAAGCAACUCAGUUAUGCUAUUUAAGUUUACUUUAAAAAUCUCUGGCUGUUGAGGGUCAGUUAGGAAUGUAGAAGUUGGAAUGAGAAACAUUUUCCCUCAAGCAUCAGAUUUUGAGCUAUAUUUGUCUGACUGUUACUAAUAUUUGGUGUCAAAUGUUUGAGUUAGUGGUUUUGGAGGGGGGUUGGGGGGCGGGGGGUUGCCUACCUACACACAUUUCUACUGUAAAAUAUUGUUGAAUUUAAUUUUGAUGCCUUAUAAAAUAACUGUAUGAAAACAGAUCAAGAGAAUUUAAGGCAUUUAUAAAUGAAAAUAUUUGUAUUGUGUAUAGGAAACUAUUCUAGUCAUGUAAAUUCUGGGUUUAGUCGGUUACUGCAUUUUGUUAAGAGAGAAGCCUUGCUUCAAUCCAAUAGUGAUCCGCUGCACUGGAUCUGGCGUUUCCCCUUCUUUUGGAUAUUAAACUUGUUCUAAAUCAAGUUAUUUUGCGUUCCCUUCAGAAUAAGCGAACACAUUCCUCAUUGCUUAAAUUCUUUCUAGAAUUUAAGCAACUAUUGCGCCUCUGAGUCAAACCGUAUUUGCUAAUAUUUCUGCAAGCGCUGGUGUGUCUGAGGGCGGACUGUGACGAGGCGACACAAAAGGGAGAAUGUGGAUGUGUCUAGUAUGUGCAGUUUGGCAAUAGCUAGGUUUCUGUUUGUGUGUGCGUGUGUGUGUGUGUGAGAGAGAGAGAGAGAGAGAGAGAGAGAGAGAGAGAGAGAGAGAGAGAGAGGAUCCAAGUGUGUUUGCUGUACUUGGUUGAAAUCAAGGCUAACAGGAUGUUGAUGUACUGAUCAGGGCUGCUUCUUUUCCACUCAAGCACAAAGUGUUACAGUGGGCUUAAUUCGGGCAUUCGGUUUGCGUAAACAGUGAAUAGAUACGAUGAAAUAUUAUAAAGAUUUUUAAAUGUCACGGACUUGCAAUCUUCUGCCAUUGUUUUUAUAUACACAGAUAUGUUAACUUUUGCUUUGUCUUAAGCGGUUGAAUACUAAUGAAUAGCAUACUGUAUAACGAGUAUUAUUAUCUGUCACUACAGCAUGUUUAAACUUGUUUUGUAUAUCAUUUUUUAACUUUGAUAUCGCUAUGGUUAUUUUUGCAUCGCGUCACAAUGGAUAUGGAUUUAAUGUCUUUGUAUUUGAUGCAUCAACACAUAAAUAGAGGGUACAAAUAUAUGUUGUUAGUCUACCAUGACUGUUGCAUUUUUGGCAGCUAUUUCAUAUAAAACAAGUGUGUGGAAACCGA